AUCGAACUAGGAUUACCGGUGCAUUUGGACGUUUUGGAUAUCACUACAGAGAAUAUUCGUACAGUAUUAAGUGUAGCAAGACAAGCCCUAGGUGGAGUAUUAAAUGUAGCAAGGCAAGCCCUAGGUGGAGAUGUAUUUCGACUGAAACCAUUGAUGGAAGCGUUGCCAAAGGACUACAUAGAUUACAAUCGGUUAAAGCUAAUAAGAGCAAUAUUGAUAUGGGAAUACGAUUCAGGCAGUGAGAUGGAAGAAACGAAUGAAAGUGCUUCAGUGACUAGUGUAAGCAAUGAAGCAUCAGCGCAAGAUGACUCCUCUCAGACAGCCAAGAUUCCUUCAUGGAUGGUGAAUGCGGUACCAGCACCGCAGCCGAAGAAGAAAAAGAAGCUUCUUUUGUAA